UUCUCUCUCUCUCUCUCUCAUUCUCUCUUCAUAAUUCAUAUAUUUCCCAAUUCUUACCUUUUUUUUUUCCUUUCUGAAACGAGUUUUUGGUGAACUAAAAGGGUAAAUUUUUCCUAAUUUUGAUAUCAACAGAAGCCAGAAAAAAAAAAAAGAGACAGAUUCUAUAUUUUGUGUGUGUUUUUUGUGUGAUUAACUCUGUGUUUACAAUGGUUUUGUUUUGUGAAAUUUUUCUCGGAGAAGAAGGGAAUUUAGAAGACGGAGAGUGGAAAAACGAGUUAUAAUCCGUAGCAAACAUAAGAAACAAAAACAAAAAAAGUUUUUUUUUACUUUUUAAAAGUUUCUCCUCUGUUUCAGAAACAGAGACAAAUCAAGAAGAUCACUAGCAAAAACUUGCGUUGUCUUUCUCAUCUCCUUCCACUGGGUUUUGUUUUUUCAAAAUCUAAGAAACCAUGUCGGCGAGUGUACUAAGUGAUCCAACAAUGCUAAUUUCAACACCAGAAGCAAUCAUCGUCUCGCCGGCGCCGGUGACACAGAUAUCCGGCGACGAGCCAGAGCCGGUGACGUGUGAGUGCUGCGGAUUAACCGAGGAGUGCACACAGUCGUACACAGAGAUGAUCAAAGAGCGUUACAUGGGUAAAUGGAUCUGUGGGCUCUGUUCGGAAGCAGUCAAGUACGAAGUCAUAAGAACGAAACGAUUCGUAACAACGGAAGAAGCUAUGGCAAGACACAUGAACAUGUGUAACAAGUUCAAAUCAUCAAGCCCACCUCCUAACCCGACAGGGCAUUUGAUCUCUGCCAUGAGACAGAUCUUGAGAAGAAGCUUAGAUUCGCCAAGAAUGCUUAGAUCCAUGCCUAGUAGUCCUUCCAAAGACGACGACCAAGAUCACCAUGAUUGUGUUACUUCUAAUGUUUUGUCUAGGUCUGAUAGCUGUUUCGCUAGUUUGACAUAAACAUAAGAAAAGCUCAUCGUUGAAUAAUUAAACCGUCGGUUUAGGGACCCACCUGGAUUAAAUCCGGUUUUCAGAUUUGUAUAAAUUUCGUCGGUAAACCAAAAUCGGUCACUGUAUGUGUUUUCUUUUUUUGCCGGAUUUAUUGUACCUUGUGGAAAAAUUUUGGGCUUAUACAACAACACUUGUUGAUAUGUUCCUUUCUCUUA